GCGGCGGGGGCCGGGGCCGGGCCCGGGGGCGGGCUGUGAGCGCCAUGGAGCGGCCCGGCGGCGGCGCGGGGGGCUGGGCCGCGCUGCUGGGCCGGCAGCAGCCGCAGGCGCGGGAGCACUGCCCGGGCGUGAACAACCGGCCCUACGUGUGCGAGAGCGGGCACUGCUGCGGGGAGAGCGGCUGCUGCACCUACUACUACGAGCUGUGGUGGUUCUGGUUGCUCUGGACCAUCCUGAUCCUGCUGAGCUGCUGCUGCGCCUACCGGCACCGCCGCGCCAAGCUGCGCCUGCAGCAGCAGCAGCGGCAGCGCGAGAUCAACCUCAUCGCCUACCACGGGGCCUGCAGCUACCCUGCCUCCAUGAUGGACCUCAGGCUCUUGGCCUCCUUCAAGCUGCCGGCCUACGAGGAGGUCGCACACGGCCCCAGGUCCCCGCCGCCGCCGUACAGCCCGGUGCUGGCGCCACGCAGCAGCAGCCUCAGCUCCGAGCGCUGCAGCAGCUGCUCCUGCGGCUCAAGCUGUGCCACAUCCCCCAGCAGCACGUCCCUGUCGGCGCCAGCCACGGACGCCACCAGCACCCCCAGUGACGAUGCCGGCACCAGCAGCACCAGCACCGUGGGCAGCUGGGAGCCGCCGCAGCUCCACGGCCUCUUCUCCUCCACCACGGACUUGUGUGAGGCGGACGCGCAGCCCUGCUCUGACAUCGAGGAGGGCGAGGAGGAGGAAGGUGCCGCGCCAUGGGACGAGGGCACUGGCACCAGCGGCACCGGGGAGCACUUCCGGCACCGGCGCCUUACUGGGGACUCCGGCAUCGAGGUGGGACGGUGCCAGGAGGAGGAGGAAGAGGGUGAAGGCUCCCGUCUGCUGGGCAAGGCCGGCACCACCCCCCCGCCCCCCUGCAGUGAUGGGCCCAGCUCCCCAGUGCUACCCAUCUGAGCCUGCCCUGGUGCUGCCCCAUGGCUCCCCCCGGCACAGGGCAGCGUUCCCGGGGUCUGGACUCUCCUGUGGAGCCCCCGGGGAGAACCCUCGCCCCAUCAGCCCCCCCCAGCACCCACUGAGCCCGAACUGCUGCCCAUGGCGGAGGGGGGGGGGGCGGUCACGUCCG